AUGGGACGGUCAAGGUGUGGAGGAGAGAGUACCCAGGGAAAAGAACCCAGCAUUUCUUUUCAGACAUUGCUGAAACAAGACUGUUCUGUCACGGCACUGGCUUUGAGCCCGGAUGCUACGGUUGUUUACUGUGGCUCGUCCGAUGCCUUGGUUCACUUCUGGGAACCUGAAAACCAAUUCUCUCACGUCGGUGUUUUGAGAUGCCAUAAACAGGCCGUUCUCUGCUUGGUUGCCGCCGGAAAGCUUGUUAUCAGCGGAUCAGCUGAUAUGGGGAUUUCUGUGUGGAAAAGAUCUGGGAAGGAGCAUUUUUGUUCGUCGAUUUUAACCGGACACAGCGGUCUGGUUAAGUGCUUGGCCAUCGAAAGAGAUCAGGAAUCGACAUCGGGUGAAGUACGAUGGAUUCUUUACAGCAGUAGCCUAGAUAAGGCAGUUAAGAUGUGGCGCAUAUCGGAACUAGCACCGCCGAUUAAGCAAGAGCAGCUUCGGUCCGAUAACAAAUGUAUUCCCUCGUGGCAGUAUAAUAAGCUACCAAAAUCUUUUUGA